GAAGAAAUGGAUUUGAUGGGAUCAAUGUUGAAGUUCCCAUCAGGUGGAAAGUGAGAGCACAGCAUUUGUCACUCAACCUCUGAAUGUUAGUGACACUAUUGGGACAAGAAAGGACUGUGCUGGCCCAAAUGGCAGGCAUCUCAUAUGUGGCAUCUUUCUUUCUCUUUCUGACUAAGCUCAGCAUUGGCCAGAGAGAAGUAACAGUUCAGAAAGGACCACUGUUUAGAGCUGAAGGUUACCCAGUCAGCAUUGGCUGCAAUGUAACUGGCCACCAGGGACCUUCUGAGCAGCAUUUCCAGUGGUCUGUUUACCUGCCGACAAACCCGACCCAGGAAGUCCAGAUCAUUAGCACCAAGGAUGCUGCCUUCUCUUACGCAGUAUAUACGCAGCGGGUGCGAAGCGGAGACAUCUACGUGGAGAGGGUCCAGGGCAACUCCGUCUUGUUGCACAUCUCAAAACUCCAGAUGAAGGAUGCUGGCGAGUAUGAGUGUCACACACCGAACACUGAUGAGAAAUACUAUGGGAGUUACAGUGCAAAGACUAAUCUAAUUGUUAUUCCAGAUACCCUCUCUGCCACCAUGAGUUCUCAGACUCUCGGUAAGGAGGAAGGUGAGCCAUUAGCCCUCACCUGUGAGGCAUCCAAAGCCACAGCCCAACAUACUCACCUCUCUGUCACCUGGUACCUAACACAGGAUGGAGGAGGAAGCCAAGCCACUGAGAUUAUUUCUCUCUCCAAAGAUUUUAUAUUGGUCCCUGGGCCCUUGUAUACAGAGCGGUUUGCAGCCAGUGACGUACAGCUCAACAAACUGGGGCCCACUACAUUCAGGCUGUCCAUAGAGAGGCUCCAGUCCUCAGAUCAGGGUCAGCUGUUCUGUGAGGCAACGGAAUGGAUUCAGGAUCCAGAUGAAACUUGGAUGUUCAUCACCAAAAAGCAGACCGAUCAAACCACUCUGAGGAUCCAGCCAGCAGUGAAAGAUUUUCAAGUCAACAUUACAGCUGACAGCUUGUUUGCUGAAGGGAAACCCUUAGAACUGGUUUGCCUGGUUGUAGGCAGUGGCCGUGACCCACAGCUUCAAGGCAUUUGGUUCUUCAAUGGGACUGAAAUUGCUCACAUUGAUGCUGGUGGAGUCCUGGGCCUGAAGAAUGACUACAAAGAGAGAGCAAGUCAAGGAGAGCUCCAGGUUUCAAAGUUAGGCCCCAAGGCUUUCUCUCUCAAGAUCUUCUCUCUGGGCCUAGAGGAUGAAGGCGCCUACAGAUGUGUGGUAGCAGAGGUCAUGAAAACACACACAGGUUCCUGGCAGGUGCUUCAGAGAAAGCAGUCACCAGACAGCCACGUGCACCUGAGGAAGCCAGCAGCAAGAAGUGUGGUCGUGUCUACCAAGAACAAGCAGCAAGUUGUGUGGGAAGGAGAGACACUCGCCUUUCUCUGUAAGGCUGGUGGAGCCGAAAGUCCCCUGUCUGUGAGCUGGUGGCACAUCCCACGGGACCAGACACAGCCCGAGUUUGUGGCUGGCAUGGGGCAGGAUGGCAUUGUGCAGCUGGGUGCCUCCUAUGGGGGACCCAGUUACCAUGGCAACACAAGGCUGGAGAAAAUGGACUGGGCCACCUUCCAGCUGGAGAUCACCUUCACUGCCAUCACAGACAGUGGCACAUAUAAGUGCAGAGUAUCUGAGAAGUCUCGGAACCAGGCCAGAGAUCUGAGCUGGACUCAGAAGAUUUCAGUUACUGUAAAGUCUCUGGAGUCAAGUUUACAAGUUAGUCUGAUGAGCCGUCAGCCGCAAGUGAUGUUAACCAACACCUUUGACCUGUCCUGUGUCGUGAGGGCCGGUUACUCUGACCUCAAGGUGCCACUCACUGUGACAUGGCAGUUCCAGCCAGCUAGCUCUCAGGUCUUCCACCAGCUUAUUCGAAUCACCCACAAUGGCACCAUUGAAUGGGGGAAUUUCCUAUCCCAGUUCCAAAAGAAGACGAAAGUGUCGCAGUCUUUAUUUCGUUCACAACUCCUAGUCCAUGAUGCCACUGAGGAAGAGACAGGAGUGUAUCAGUGUAAAGUAGAAGUUUAUGACAGAAAUUCCCUAUACAACAACCGCCCCCCGAGGGCUUCUGCCAUCUCUCACCCACUGAGGAUAGCCGUCACUUUACCAGAGAGCAAGCUAAAAGUGAAUUCAAGGAGUCAAGUCCAAGAGCUCUCCAUCAACUCCAACACUGAUAUAGAAUGUAGCAUCUUGUCCCGGUCCAGUGGAAACCUUCAGUUAGCCAUUAUUUGGUAUUUUUCUCCUGUUUCCACUAAUGCCUCCUGGCUAAAGAUCCUGGAGAUGGACCAAACCAAUGUUAUAAGAACUGGGGAUGAGUUUCACACCCCACAGAGAAAACAAAAAUUUCAUACUGAGAAGGUUUCCCAAGACUUAUUUCAGCUGCACAUUCUGAAUGUGGAAGACAGUGAUCGAGGCAAAUAUCACUGUGCUGUGGAGGAAUGGCUCCUGUCUACAAAUGGCACUUGGCACAAGCUUGGAGAAAAGAAGUCAGGACUAACAGAAUUGAAACUCAAGCCCACAGGAAGUAAGGUACGUGUCUCCAAAGUGUACUGGACCGAAAAUGUGACUGAGCACAGAGAAGUGGCCAUCCGCUGCAGCCUGGAGAGUGUAGGCAGCUCAGCCACUCUGUACUCUGUGAUGUGGUACUGGAACAGAGAAAACUCUGGAAGUAAAUUGCUGGUGCACUUGCAACAUGAUGGCUUGCUGGAGUAUGGGGAAGAGGGGCUCAGGAGGCACCUGCACUGUUACCGUUCAUCCUCUACAGACUUUGUCCUGAAGCUUCAUCAGGUGGAGAUGGAGGAUGCAGGAAUGUACUGGUGUAGGGUGGCAGAGUGGCAGCUCCAUGGACACCCAAGCAAGUGGAUUAAUCAAGCAUCCGAUGAGUCACAGCGGAUGGCGCUCACGGUGCUGCCUUCAGAGCCCACGCUUCCUUCCAGGAUCUGCUCCUCGGCCCCUUUACUCUAUUUCCUGUUCAUCUGCCCCUUCGUCCUGCUCCUGCUUCUGCUCAUCUCCCUCCUUUGCUUAUACUGGAAGGCCAGGAAGUUGUCCACACUGCGUUCCAACACACGGAAAGAAAAGGCUCUCUGGGUGGACUUGAAAGAGGCUGGAUGUGUGACCGCAAAUAGGAGGGAAGACGAGGAGGAAGAUGAAGGCAACUGAAUCCCAAGAGGCACCUGCAGCCAGGAAGGAAAGCUUCCUGCCUUGCUGCCUGUUUCUUCCCAAGCCCCGUGUGGAAUGUGGUGACCUAGUCAGCUGGAACCAGCUUCUGACAGACCCCGGCAACUUCUAGAUGAACCCGAGUGAACUUUCCUCAUUACCAUCCUGAAGUCACUACCCCAGGGGGAGCUAUAGCUUCAUGACCGUAACAUGUGACCUGUGUGCUGGCAGGACGACUCACUGCGGCUGCGCCACUGGGACCCCUCCCCUACAUGCACCAAUGCACUCUCUCCCCUCUCCAUCACCCCAUAAAACCCUCCUGUCACUUUCCUUCAGAGACACCGCUUUGGAGAGUAUUCCCAGCGCUCUCCUUGCUUGUGACAAGUAAAAAAAAAAAAACACUCCUUUUCAUCAAAA